AUGGACAACCAAUCCAGCAUCUCAGAGUUUUACCUGUGAGGAAUAUCAGGGUUUCCAGAACAACUGUGGCUACUCUAUGGGAUUUUCCUGUGUAUGUAUCUUGUCACCUUGACUGGGAAUAUGCUCAUCAUCCUGGCCAUUGGCUCUGACCCACACCUCCACACUCCUAUGUACUUCUUUUUGGCCAAUCUGUCCUUUGCUGACAUGGGUUUAAUAUCAUCUACAGUGACCAAGAUGUUGUUUAAUGCUCAGACUCAGCAUCAUACCAUCUCUUAUACAGGUUGUCUCAUCCAGAUGUAUUUCUUCCUGAUGUUUGGUGAUCUGGACAGCUUCUUCCUGGCUGUGAUGGCCUAUGACCGCUAUGUGGCCAUCUGCCGCCCUCUCUAUUAUUCCACAACCAUGGAUACCCGAUUCUGUGCCCUGAUGCUUGCCCUAUGCUGGGUCCUCACCAACACAGUUGCUCUGACUCACACUCUCCUCAUGGCUCGACUGUCCUUCUGUGUUGUUGGGGAAAUAGCUCACUUUUUCUGUGACCUCAUUCCCGUGCUGAAGCUAUCAUGCUCUGACACAUAUGUCAAUAAGCUAAUGAUUUCUGUCUUAGGAGGCACAGUACUCAUGGUCCCCUUUCUAUGCAUUGUCAUCUCCUAUGUCCACAUUGUAUUUGCCAUCCUGAGGGUUAGAACCCCUGGUGGUGGUACAAAGGCCUUUUCUACCUGUAGUUCCCACCUCUGUGUGGUCUGUUUUUUCUAUGGGACACCGUUCAGUGCCUACUUGUGCCCACCUUCUAUAGUCUCAGUAGAAAAGGACAUUGUAGCUGCUGCAAUGUAUACAGUAGUGACUCCCAUGUUGAACCCCUUCAUCUACAGCCUAAGGAACAAGGACAUGAAAGGGGCUCUAAGAAAGCUCCUCUGUCAGGGGCAAAUUUUCUCUUUCUAA